AUGGUAUUAUACCAUGAUAAACAUUUUGAACUAGAUGAUCCGAUACCAUUACCUACAGAACUGAACACUCCCGUAUGGGUAAUCGAACAAACAGGUGAAUGGUUCACUAACUAUGAAGAAUAUGAUAAGAGAAUGACGUUCUAUAAGCAACCGUUAUUUACUUGUGAAAUUACAGGGCGUUCUCACAUGACCUAUUUUGAAGCCAAGGCUAGUGAAGAACGUCAAACUAAACAUUUCAUGGAUCAAUUCCCUUCUUUUUUGAAAUCUCCUAUUGCCAAUUGGAUCAAUGGCAGCCAUUUUACUGAUAUUGAGAAACUAAUUGAGAUUAUUUUAUUGAAAUGCAACAAGGAUUUCUUUGUUGGUGAGAAAGUGAAUUUGAUUAAACGAAUCAAUAAUGAUGGAAUCAUGGGAAGUGAUAUUGAUGAUAAAUAUUCACGUUCUUACCUGAUUAAAAGUAAGGAGGUAUUUGAGGAAAUAGUUGAUCCUGGUUCUAAGGAAACUAUUAUUCCAGGUUAUUCUAAAUACUUGAUCUCGUCACGUCCCAUAGAACAACGAAAACAAUAUAAUUUAUUGGUAGAUCAUACCCAAAUCAGUAGAAAAAGACCACUCAUAUCGCCUCAUUUAUUAAAAUGUUUUGUCAAUAUUAUAUCGACACGGAAACACUUGAAUGAUGCUGACGAAAACAUACUAUUAUUUUCUGUUAAAAGUGAAUAUCGUUUGGCAUAUGGUGUCAAUAGCAACGAUGACUUAGGUUUAACACAAUUGGACCUAGACGAAGAACAUAGACGCUUGAAAGAUAAUGGUUCAUACCCCUCCACAAAUGAGCAGUCUGAUCAACAGGGUGAUGUUACGCCAAUAAAUGCCAACUUCAUGGAACGAGUGCAAUCUGAGGAAGACCUUCCUCUUUCUCAAGUUCUUCUAUCAAGAAAACGUCCACAUUCGGAUGUCUCCACCGAAGCUACACCAACUCCAUCCCCAACUGUUGAUUUGAGUAGGAGAAACGUUACCUCAGCUGUUGAAGCUUUAUCAGAAAAGUCAAACGCAUUCGAUAACUUGGUGAAAAGACCAAACUUAGAUGAACUAUCUGCUAUGGUCAAUCAGGUUGAAAAGAACAAAAAAUUACAAAAGAUGCUUCCUAAUAUACGAAAUUUUAUGGAUGAUUUGGAGUUGCCAUAUUUAGGCCCACCAAAAUUCUUUCAAAAAUUAUACCACUUUUCCACUAAAAAUUUUGAAUAUAUUCCUGUAUCUGCCACUUCAGAUAAAAAAUUCGAACACGAUGAUAAUGGAGUAGUAGGAAAAUUAUUGCAAGUUUAUGAGUUUGUAAUACAUUUUGGCCACAUUUUAAAAUUGUCUCCCUUCAGUCUUGAUGACUUGAUUACAUCAAUGAAAUGUACGGAUAUGAUGGAAUUGAAUGGUGAACUUGUCACGAUAAGUAUUGGAGAAGACAAAGAUUUGCCUGUUGCUGGCCCUGCUAAUAGAAGUCAGGAAGCACCAAUUCAGUAUAGUGAAUGGAAGAGGAAUCCGAAAAUGAGGAAUUUAAUUAAAAGGAAAUGUACAUCUAUUGUAAAAUAUGAUAUUCUUAUUAAUGACGCUCCAAGAACUGAUGAAUUUCUGGAAAAUAUUAAGGAGUACGGUGCUCAAUUAAUUGUUGAGGUUUUUAUUCGGUUGUUAAGCAUGAUUAUUGAUGAAAAAGGGAACUGGAGAUGUAAUGUCGUACCUGAAUGGGUUGAAGAUGAAAAUAUUGAUGAAAGUUUGAAUAAGCAAAGACAACAAGAAAUUGAUACGAUUGAUGAACCAUUAAAUAAAGUCUUAAAUUAUAGAAACACAAACUGGGCAGACAGGUUACAAAAGAGACAAUUUAAUGAUGGUUAUUGGUUAAUUAUCCUUUUAGGUGUUUUACAGGACAGUAUGCAUAUUUCAAUGUAUACAGAUAUUGUACAAGCCUUUACUAAAAAAAUUAUUCCACCAGCAAUAUCAGUGGCAAUUCUUAACAAACAAUUGUAUAAGAAUUUUUGUUUUAACUUCACAAUAAAGGAAAAAAUUGAGAUUCUUUGGGUGUUGACAGAUAUCGUUGAGUCAUUUUCAAUGGAUAUUAAGAAGGCAGUCGAUUCCUCUCAAGGAUUAUGCAAUGAAUUGCGCUAUGAAAAAUUGAGAAUAUCAAAAGAGCUUGUCGAACAAUCGAAUAGGCUUACCUAUGCUCGUAUGGCAUUUGAUCAACUGGAACGAACCGUUAGCCAGAAAGCAAAGGAACCAAAAGAAAGUGAACAAAUCAAUAACUCGGCAACACCAGUAAUUAUUGAUAAUAAUGGUAAGUCAGCAGCAGAAAGUGCACCAAUUAAUGUCCAAGAGGAAGAUCCUGAGUCCCUUCUGCAAGAAAAAGAAGAGCAAAUUCUCGCAUUGCAAUCGACCAUCAAGAAAUUGGAAUGGGAUCAAAUAUAUCUGGAACAAUCAAUAAAAGAACAAGACCUUGGCUCAUUAAAGCCGUUGGGCAUGGAUCGAUAUGGGAAUAACUAUUAUUGGCUGGAGUAUAAUGGUAUUUCUAAUUCAAAUUUAGAAAGUCCCCGGUAUUACUCUGGAAGAAUAUGGGUUCGUGGUCCCUCUCGUGAAAGUGCCAAAUAUUUCCUGAAAAUCACAGAUAAAGAUAUAGAUAGGUGGUUUGAGGUAGCAAAGGAAAAUGGGGCUACUGAGGCGACAAAAACUGUCUUUAAUAUAUAUCAAUCUGAAUCUGGCGCAUUUUACCAGAAAAUGGGAGAUGAUAUUGAGGUUGAACUGUUAACUAAAGAUAAAAGAGUAUCCACAAGUUCCGUGACUCUGACACCUCUGCAGAAGAAAAUUAUUGAUGAGACUCCUCAAAAACUUUUGAUUUCAGACAAACAGUGGUAUUGUUUUGAUACAUUGGUAGAUGUCAGAGGCCUACUUGAUUGGUUGGAUCAAUGGGGCAACAGAGAAUCUAAGUUGCUUCAUAAUUUAAUACAGAUACAUCAGUCGUUGGGAGAUUUAUACUCGAAAAGAGAAAAUAUUUUGGGUUCAAGUCAUUUUGAUGCUGUAGAAAGCCGAUUGUUAAAAGAGUUGAAUCAAUUUGAGUUCUCAUCUUCAGAAAUAACUUCGUUCAUUGAGAACUUAGAAGAUCAGGGCGAUUCGGAUUCGAAAAGCAGAGAAAAGAGUGAUGAGAUUUCUAGCAAUGUUAAAAGGAGUAAAGAAGAGCUUGAAAAUACCGCUCGAGAGAUAGUGAAGCUAAAUGAUUGUAAACUAACAAGAAAUAUACUUGUUAGAGUACAGAAAUUGGAAAAUAAACGUGAGAUGCAAUUGAAAGAUCAGCAAAGACUACUAAAAUAUUAUAUUGAGGAUUUAUCUAUCCCAAACGAGGAAAGUGACGAAGCUAACCAGUUUAUAUUCUACAAGAAGUUAAGGAAUCAAAGGAAAAUACUCACUGAUUUAUUAAAUCACAGACACUUCAGAGCCAUUGGUGACGUUCUUGAAUGGAAAAAUGAUGCACUAACGUCUGAUGAGGGAAAUCUAAGCAUUGAAGAACGCGCUCAGAAUAAAUUGAAAGAAAUUAAAGAGACUAUCUCCAACUACUAA